AUGAGCAAUGUCAACUAUAAGAGACCAUUUUAGAAAAUGAGUGUUCUCAUAGAAAAUGCUAGCUCUGAGAAAACAUAAAGCAAAGCUUAAGAUUAAGAUAUCUAAAUUAUAAAUGAACCAGAAAAAAUCAAAAAGAUUAAGCUUAUUUCUGAUAUAACAAAAGAGUAUAGCAAAAUAAACCCAUCUUCUGUGCAACUUAGUGAAAAAAGAAAUGAAAAAAAUUAAGAAAAGAGGAAUUCUUUUUAAAUAAACGAUGUUCCUAAAAAUACUCUCUUCCUAAAUAGUGGGAAUAGGCAAGAUAAAUUUGGAGAAGGAUAAGAGGAUUUUAUGAAAUUUGAUGAGGAGAUUUAGAUUAGUAACACUAUAGUUAAAGAAGAGAUAGUAGUUGAAGAGGAUUAAAAUAAUAGCAAUAAUAGAAAUAAGAAAAAAGUAUUUUACGAAUUUAAUGAGCCGAUUAGUCCUGAACAAGAAGAGCUUCCAGUACAUGAAAAUAGGCUAUCAAUUUUAGAGACAAUUAAAAAUAACAGCGUGAUUGUAAUUUCUGGAAAUACAGGUUGUGGCAAAAGUACUUAAAUCCCUAAAUUUAUUGCUUGUGAUGAUACUUCUACUAAAAUUAUUGUAACUUAGCCAAGAAGAGUAGCUGCAAUAGCUUUGGCAGAAAGAGUAUCAUAAGAGUUAAAAUCAAAUCUUGGACAAAGAGUAGGCUAUUAAAUAGGAUAAGACUCUAACUUUAAUAGAAAUACAUAAAUACUCUAUGUUACGAUAGGUAUAUUUUUAUAGAAGUUAAUUAAUGAUCCUGAUUAAUUUCUGAGAGAGUACACUCACAUAAUUCUAGAUGAAGUCCACGAAAGAGGUAUUGAGUCUGAUUUUGGUUUAAUUGCACUGAAGACGUUUUUAUCUCAGCAUAAGAAUAGAAAUUCUAUCAAGCUUAUUGUAAUGAGUGCUACACUGAAUAAAGAUAUUUUUUUAAAUUACUUUUCAACUACAGAACUUAAUAAUCUUGAAAAGGAAAUAAAGGAAGAUUAGGAUUGUCAAGAAUAUUAUUUUGAUAGCUCGAAGUUUUCUGAAUAGCUAAAAAUUACUAAACAAAAUGACGAUUACAGUAAUUGGGGACAGCAGAAAGCUCAUCAAACUUGGAAUGAUCAAGAUGACCAUGAUGAUACAUAUGAAAAAAUGCAAAAAAUGAUUUGCAGAUUUAAUUGCAAAUAUGAGUCAAAUUAAAAAAAUUAUGUUGAGAUCCAAGUAGUUUAAAAAUACAAAAUUUAGACAGUAUGGUUAGAGGAUUUAAAAGAUACUUAAAAGUUAUGCAACAAGAAUUAUUUUAAUGCUCGUAAACCUGAAUUGAAUGAAGAUCUUUAUAAAAUAGUUGCUAAAGAAAUAAAAAGAGUGCAAUUUUAGGAAGAACCUAUGCUGAGAUCAUAUAAGAAAGGUGACAUUCUUGUAUUUCUUCCAGGUUACAACGAAAUCGUCAAGCUUCAUUCAAUCUUAGAUUAAAUAAUGAUGGAAUUCAAACAAACCAAUUAGAGUAUUUAUAAUUAAAAUAAAUAUAAAAUCAUAGAGUUGCACUCCUGUUUGGGAGACAUCAAUACUAAAGAACUUUUUGGGAGAAAUUAAGAUUACACAAAAAUUAUUCUAGCCACAAAUAUUGCAGAAUCUUCUAUUACUAUCCCAAACUGCUUUGUAGUGUUUGACUUUUGCUUGACUAAAGAAAUAAAUUAUAAUCCAUCAAGUGGAAUUGAAAAGCUUGAACUAUAAUGGGCUUCAAAGGCUUCAAUUACACAAAGAGCAGGCAGAACUGGCAGAAACUGCAAUGGUGUAAAUAUUAGACUAGUUCCUAAACAAUUUUUUAUGGCAGAAAUAAAAGAUUAUUAAACACCAGAAAUAUUAAGAUGCCCAAUUGAAAAGGUUAUUUUAAAAAUAAAAAUUCUAGAUGAAGGAGAAAGUGACUACCAAAAGAUUCAUCUUAGUGAUGAUGACGAUGUUGAAUAAAAUAAUUUGAUAGAAGAGAUAAUUAAAGAGAAGUAAAGCGAGAAGUCGAAAAAAAAGAGAUUAAAUUUUAGCACUGAUUUUGAUGAUAUAGAUUAUAUGAAGUAAUUUGAUACAAAACCUGUUUUUGAUGGGCAAGAUACAGCUUUCCUUAUAGCAGGACCUAUUACUAAAAAUAAAUCUAAAAAGUAGUAAUUAGAGAAUUCAUAAAAUUUAAGAUUGUUUGAAGACCCUGUGAGAGUUCUUUAAAGAGCAAUAGAAGCACCUGAUGAUUAUAGCAUUUGCUAGUCUAUGGAAAAUUUGAUGUCAGUAGGAGCUUUGAAACUAAAAAAAAUACAAUACACUGAUACAUAAAAAGAAAAAAUAAAAGUAAAAGUUACUAAACUUGGUAGAUUUUAUAAUGACAUGCCUUGCGACCUGAAGCUUGCUAAAUUCAUAUGCUUUGGGUACUUUUUCGAUUGUCUUAUAGAAUGUAUCACUAUUGCCAGCAUCUACAGCUAGAGAAAAUCAUUUUUUAAUCCCUUUUACAAAAUUAGUGGCAAUUUAAAAUAAAUUGAUUAAUUCACUGAUUUGAUAUUUAGAUAUGAUCAAGGCUAAGAAUCUGACAUGAUAUUAGAACUUAAGAUAUUUUAAGAAUGGGAAAAUGAAUUUUUUUAAUCUUAGCUAGAGUUUAUCAAGUUAAGGAAAGAGUCUAAAAUGCAGAGCAGGUAAAUUAGGCAAGAAUCAGAAUAAAAUGAUUUUCUUUCUUUGGAUCAAUCAAUUCCUAAAAUUUUGAGUGAAGAAUAACUCAAAUUACCUUUGUCUAAGCAAUUAGAAUUAUUAAAAAAUUCUUCCAACCAUCCUUAAAAUUAAGAUAGUUCUAUUGCACCCACUCUUUCUUUUUAAUAAUAUUUACCAGAUAGGAGCAGUGAAGAAAAACCACUAAAAGGAAUAAUAGAUAGGUAUUUUAUAGAAGAAUUUAAGAAGAAAAGAGCUUCUAGAGAAGAACUACAAUGGUGUGAAAAGCAUUUUUGUGAUCCUAAGGUUUUGAGAGAAAUUCUAAGUACGAGAGAAGACCUGAAAUAGAGAAUACCAAAAGAAGCAGGAAGCAUGUACGAUAUUUUUGAAUUCAAAGAUUUAAAUGAUGAUAGUCAUUUGAUGAAAAUAAAGUUUUGUUUGGCUGGAGCUUUUAAUAAAUACACUUUAAAGUCAGACAUAUUUGAUAUAAAGGAAAUGUAAAAAAUCCGUUAGUACCUUUUAGUAGAGUAGAUGGAUCCAUUUAGCACUAUAAUUAUAGAAAAUACAGUUUAUGGAUUUUAAUCUCUCUCUAUUAAUGACAAAGAUAUUAUAAUUAAAAAAAUAAUAGAUGGAGUCAACCAUUUCAUCAAAACAAAACAGCUAUUUAAAGAGCUAGAUGAUCCAUACGAAAAUGUAGAAGCUUUAAAUAACAACUUCGUUUCAAAAAUUAAGCUUAAAUAUUCAUCAGUCUACAUAGAAUUCAAAAAAUUUUCAAAACUUCCUAUCCUGUUAAAGCAAAUUAUGACUUUCAAAAAAAGAUACUUCAAUUUCAUUAAACUAUAAGACAAAGACACUAACAUUAAAGAAAUAUCGGCUACAAUUUUUUUAGAUAAAAAAAUUGACUUUGAUUAAAUCUUUAUUAAGUAGUAAAAUAAUUUUAAAUAUGCUUAUGAAGCAAAAUUGAAUAUUUCAAAUUAAAAACUUAAUCGCCUUGUUUCUCUUGAGAGUGAUUCUAUAAAUUUAGUUACACUAGGAGAUUAUAAUAGGCAUAAAUACUUAGUCGCCUCAGAGUUAAUGUGCAGAGGUCAUAGGGUAGUUGCUUAAGGAAUUACUGUUAUGCCUCCAAACUUUCCUUUAUUUUUGGCUUUUGCAGCUUUGAUUUUUGGGUCAUAAUGUUAUGUUAAUUGUGAUAAAGAUGGCAAGAAAUACGAAGGAGUUAAUGUGGAUAGCGUUGAAAUAGAAAUAGACCAUUAUAUGCUUGAUAAUGAUAUUAAAGAAAUAAAUGAUAUUAGAAGAGAACUUAGGGCUUGCUUAGAUGAAGAUAGUUUUUUCAAUGGAUAAGCUAAUCUGCAGCUAGAUUUAUGGAAUAAAGUAAAAAGAAAAUUACUUUCUAGAGUAAUGAUGAGACAUGUUGAUUCUGAGAAAUGGGAAGACAUAUAUAGCAAGGAAUAUCUAAAUGGGACUUUUUCUGUAAAUGUUGAAGAAUAAAACAAAUAAAAGGUGAUGAAAAUACUGAAUAGUAUCAGGACGACAAAUAGUUCUGAAAAUUGUAAAACAAGUGAAUGUUAAAACGAAGAAAUGGAUUUAGAAAAAAAUAACAAUUCAUUAUCAAUUGCAUAACAAAAUUAAAAAAAGAGAAAUGUUAAGUUAUUAUUUUAGAAUCAUAAAAGAAAAAACAACUAAGAAAAAAUAACUCAUGCUUCUGAGAAAGGAUUUAUGAAUUAAAUUCUUCAAACUAAGAAGUAGGAAUCGAAUCUUGUAACUCUUUCUGAAUAGGAAAAUAUCAAUCUUUUAUAGGAAUACUUUGAGAAUUACAAUAUUUGGAAGCAAAUGAAAAUGAGAGAACUCAAGAGAUUUUUCCUUCUUCAUACCAUAGAUGAGCCAAUUAUAACUUGCAAAGCUUGCUAUCAUUAACUGCUCUUUUAAGUGCCUUUGUUCAAAGCAAAUAAAUUGUAAGCCCAACUUGAAAAGUUUAUGAAAUUAAAUUUUAAUGGUUUUACAGAUAAUUUAUAUUUGAAGGACAUUAAAAUUGAAUAGCUACUUCAAGAAGCAGAAUUUAACCAAGAUAAAACCAAAUAUAAAACUUAAUAGGAAAAAGAUUUAGAACAAAAUGCAGAUUUUAUCAAAGAAUUGAAAUAUAAUUUUAAUUAACUCAAUUCAUAAAACUCAGAUCAAAUUUAUAGCUUCAAAUAUUAUGCCUGUUAAAAUGGCCAUCUUAUUGGAUUUACUUAAGACGAUAAUUAGUUAUAUAAUCAAAUGCAUAUCCCAGAUUGCAACCAGCUCCUAAUUCUAUAUCCAGACCUUGAAUAUAAAGUAUUUAGUGGGUAUGAAGACUUUUAAGAGGUUAAGUUAACUGAAGAUUAGUAAAUUGAAAUAUAAGAACACAAAGCUUUAAUGCUUCUUGAGCUAAAUGAAAUAAGUUGUAUCAUCUGUAAUUGUGUCAUGAAUGACAGUGAAAAGAAAGAUGAAGAAAUCAAAUUCUAAGAUUAAAACGUAACUGACUGGAGAUCAAAGCUUGAGAAGCAUAUGAAAACAGAAGCCCAUAAGUUGAAUGAAGAAAUCUUUUUAAAAUCAACAAGAUCUCCAAAUUACUUUUUCACAAAUUGA